UCCACAGCCAACAAUAAUGUCCAAGCACCUUCAAAAAUCUCUCAAAAAAUGCCUCUCCAAGUUAAAAAAAUCCCCAUCAAAUAUUCAAUUACGAUACUCUAGUUCAUUCUCAACUUCGAAAAAUUUUGUCCUUUCAGGCUGCAAACACCCCAAAACCUUAUCAUUUGCCGUUGAUCGUGACCAAAAUGGUAAAAGCAGCAGCAGCAACAACAAUAAUAAUAAUAUUGGCGCUGCAACGCUCUCCGACAUCGAUCGUUUUCUAUAUGAGAAUUUUAAGUCUCUUUAUCUUAAUGACGAGGAUGAUAAGAAAAAGAAAGAAGAAUGUGAUGGAGAUAAAAUUCCAAAUGGGGCAUUGUUUGAUUCACCUCCAAGGAUUCGUCAGGGGUCUCACCGGUUUUUCGUGGAGCCGGGAUUUUCAGGCUCGCUCAUUGAAGAAGCUCGGAAUAGUUUCACCAACUCUGAGGAUAUGGCUGGCCCAACUUCAAUCUCAACCUCAACCUCAACCUCAACCUCAACUUCAACCACUGCCCUAAAUGAGGAUGACUCUACUGUUUCUACUGAUUCCAAAUAUGUGAAGCUUCCUAGUGACUCCGUCGCAGUCUUGAGAUACUCUCCGAGUCCAUACGGAGAUUUUCGACGUUCCAUGAAAGAAAUGGUGGAGGCGAGACUACAAUAUCAAUCAACGGUUGAUUGGGAUUUCUUGGAGGAGCUUUUGUUUUGUUACUUGAGGCUUAAUGAGAAUAAAUCACACAAAUUCAUAAUAAGGGCAUUCGUGGAUUUGGUCGUCAUUCUUCGUCAGAAUUCGAAUAAGAUUCCGGCGAGAUCACGACAUGAUUUUCGAGUUGCAAGAGAAAGGAAGAGGAAAAUGGAGCAUGUAACGUAAGAUUGUGGCAAUAGGUUAGAUUAAAUAAUGUGGAGAGGGUGUAAGGUUUUGGAUUUAUUCAUCUUACUACUUAGCCCUCACAUGCAAAAUCCACUAUGGAUUAUAAAUGUGAGUGAUUUUCAAAAACAAUUAAUCACCCACUUUGUUUAUGAUUUAAGCUUUGUUUUGUUGCGGGUUUUGGUGAGAUUUAGCACAUUUGUAUUGGUAUUGUCUCUUGCAUGUUUCCCGGAGUUUGAUUAGAAUAAAUUUAAUUUGGUAUUCAAUUAUUGC